AUUAUUAACGUAUGUUGUGAAAUAUUUAUAAUGUCAUGUUAACAUUGGGCAAUAUAAUGAGAAGCCAUUUGUUUUCAAUUAUUCUGAAAUAAAGUAAAGGGUUAGGGUUAAACGCAUGAUGAUGAUAAUAAUCUGUUAUUUUUGGAAGUUGAUAUAUUAAAGAGCCCCAACAUUGUAGUAAUGAAUGCAGUAGUACAUUAACAGGCAAGGAGUGGACUGUGUAUAUUCCCUCCCCAGUUGCCUUAGCGUUGCACCUCGCAUGUGAGUAAUCCCCAUCCCCCGGUUGUCCAUCUCUGUCUCAGGCCUGGAGCUCCCCUUCAUGAUGAUGCCCCAUCCGUUGAUCCCCGUCAGCCUGCCGCCCGCCUCCGUCACCAUGGCGAUGAGCCAGAUGAACCAUCUCAGCACCAUUGCCAACAUGGCGGCCGCAGCCCAGGGCCAGAGCCUGCCCUCCAGAAUGGUCACCUCUGUGAUAAAGGUAGAGCCCAAUAAGGAUAAACACAGCUCCGUGAUGUCACCAAUAGGGGAGAGCUAGACUCAUUUAUAGCGAUAAUGUAUGAAAGAUAUUGCAAAUGUCUGAUUAUAAUGUGUUUCUAAACACUAGCAGUUUGCAUGAUUUUAGAUGAUGUUUGGUUGAUUUGUCAUUUAAUAACACUGUCUAUACCGUUCAGAAAUCAUGAUAUGGAGUCAUUGAGACUCCAAAUUGACUCCAUAAUGUCAUAAAGAUACCAGUGAAGGAAUCACAUCCUAUGUACACCCUAUGUUCAUCCACACACCUAAAGCAAAUAACGAACAGUGAAAAAUAUAUAUCAGUUGUUUUUGAGACCGCCGACUGUUACCCAGCCUACGCGAUGCUUAUGUGGAUGGGUUCUACUUUGCGGAUGUUGGGGUUCCAGGAUCGUGUGCCGGACAGUCCGUCCCCGGCGCCCUCUCUGGAGGACCACAGGAGGCCCGGCAGCCACCCGUCUUCCCACCGGAGCAGCAGCGUCUCCAGCUCCCCGGCCCGCACCGAGAGCUCCUCAGACAGGAUACCCGCACACCACAACGGCCUGUCCAUGAACCACGCCCUGCUAGGCCUCUCCCCCAACAUGCCCCCCGGGCCCAAAGAGGGGGACCUGGCCCACGACAUGAGUCACGAAGCAAAGAGGAUGCACCAUGAAAAAGAGGAGAACCUGAUGUGCACCCCCUCAGCCCGGGACAGCUACGAGAGGCUGUCGUUGGUGGGACAGGCUCUUCCCCCCGGCUUCCCCUCGCCCUUCCUCUUCCCAGACGGCCUGUCGUCAAUAGAGACCCUCCUCACCAACAUACAGGGGCUGCUCAAAGUGGCCAUUGACAAUGCCCGGGCCCAGGAGAAGCAGGUGCAGCUGGAGAAGACGGAGCUGAAGAUGGAGCUGUUCAGGGAGCGGGAGCUCCGUGAGACCCUCGAGAAGACUCUCGCUGUGGAGCAGAAGAACAGAGCCAUCGUCCAGAAGCGUCUGAAGAAGGAGAAGAAGGCCAAGAGGAAACUGCAGGAGGCGCUGGAGUACGAGUCCAAGAGGCGGGAGCAGGUGGAGAUGACCCUCAAGCAGCCCUCCCCCUCCGACAGCAUGCGCUCCCUCAACGGCCAGACCCUCGCCAGGCAAACCCCCUCGCCCGUUGCCGUGCGCAACCCCGCCCACUGUUAUGCCUUCGACUCCCUGACCCCUGAGAUGGAGAGUGACCGCAGCAGUGGAAGAACAGAUGCUGAAAGGACAAUACAAGAUGGAAGACUGUUCCUGAAGACCACAGUGAUGUACUGAUAAGGAAGGAGGGCCCGAGGAUAGGAUGAAAGGAGGAGGAAGAGAAAAAAGGAGAAGAAAGAGAACCUAUGAAGAUUCUGGAGAGCCCGUAAGCAGGCUGGUUAAAACAAAAAGAACGGUUGGGAAUCGAGACGGUCUUAUGGAGUCCAAUGGAAGUAAUGUGUCCAGCCCGAUGCUGGAAUGUCAGCUUGUGUCUGAAUGUACAAUACGAUUUUUUUUUCUUUUUUCAAAAAGGCCAACAUAAGGUAAACUCAUUAAGAAAUGUUUGGCACAGUCGAUGGGCUUUAACUGAAGGAUUAAAAAAAGAAAAGAAAACUAUUGAGCACAGAAUAAUGUACCAUCGGUACACUGUUGGUGAUUAUUAACACAUUAAUUCACAGCACUGAAGAUGUUUUUAUACUGUAUCUCAACCAGCGAGAAAAGCUUUGAAAACAAGUUGACACUCAAGUUUGAGUUCGUAUUUCAAAUUGAAUUUUCACACGACGAGAAGUAACAACCGUGGGGACGAAUCUUGCGUAAAAAGACGAAAAAAAUGUGAAUCUUUCCGUGUUUGGUUGAGAGAAAAAAGACGAAGAGGAUUGAUUUUAAUGUUUUCUAAAUUAGAUGAAAAUACAAUCAAGUUUCCUUUCUACCAUUGUUGUAAAUAUAUACAAGCUGACCAUAUUGACAGGGACAUAAAAACCCUAUCGAGAACCGAGUGGAUUGAAAGGUGUGUGUAUAUAAAGUUAAGAGGUGUUGUGUAUGCGGUUAGAGCUAUUAGGCAAACAAUACCACCAUUUAUAUAAACUUAUAGUUUGUUUUUUGUUCUAUUUCUGAGCCAUCAUUCUUUCAAAUAGCUGCCAUUUUGGUGAGAAAGCAUGCAGGCAUGUAAAUGUUUGUCCUGGAAUUAUGAUAUUUAAUAAAUCCUAUAUUGUGCUGAACAAAUACAAGGGUUUACUCACUCAAGCCCAGAUCAUUUCGAAAACAUAAUUAUCUAAAGUUUCACUUUCCAAUAAAGAUUUUUUGCUGUCAAUAGUACUGUAAUCUUUGUAACAGAGAUAAUGUUCCUUUAAUUUCACUGUGUGUACAUUUUGUUUCUCCUUAGCCAUUCUCAAAAACGAAUGCCUGACGAGGCCCUUUUUUAAAAAAUAAAACCCAGUAUAUUAAUAACUAUGUAUCACCUCAAGAAGCAAAAACAAUCAGUCAUGGCACAACUUUUACACGACUAAUUGCCAUUUUAUCUCCUUUUUCCGUUCCCCUCUCUUUGACCUACACAAACAGAGAUGGACUUUUUUCUUGGAAUGGGUGUAUUCAUGCAUUGUUAAUGAGAAAAAAAAAAAGAAGAAAAAAGUCAAUCAUGAAUAAUCAUUUGCUUGUGACUUUCCCUGAAGACAGUUUUCUAUGCCAGUUGCAGUGCUCAGGCACUUGUGUAUAAUAUACUCUCUAGACAUGUGGCCGAUGACUUGGCUCUUUUUAAACAUCGGCUAUGACCUGUUGUGUUUUAAAAGCGGGACAGGAAACGUGUUCCUUGUUCGAAUUGUAUUUGUUCCCUUAUUGUUUUUGUUUAUUUGUUUUGUUUGAAUUUUUUUUAAUGGAGUAGGUCUAUUGUCAACUUGUCACUGAUAACUUAUAUAGCUUCUGAAAUCAUCUCCUCAUUGUACUACAAAUUCAAAUAAAGUUAUUGUUGAUGAUAAACAAUGUGUUCAUUAUGUGGAGUUUAUUACGUUUAAAACCUUUUUUUUCGUUUUUUAUGUCUAUAAAUCUGUUAUGGGGCAUGUAACGGUUACAACUGA